AUGACUGAUGUCGCCUAUCCAACAGGAAUCGGUUUAUGUUCAUUACCUAUUCGGUUUCAGUGUGGCCAAUUUGCUGGGAAAAUCAUUCGUAGUGAGCUGUGUGAAAUUCAGAAAGCUGACCUUGGCCGAAAGUAUGCUCGCGUCGACCGGCGACCACUUGACCCACCGCCUGUGGUCGUAUUAAAAUUCUUUGAAGUCUUGGAUGAAACAGCGCCAGACGGGGUGCGAGAGCUCACGGAGAUUCAAAUACUAGGAUUGUUGUGUACCGUUGAUCUUUUUCCCGUCAUCGAUGCCGUAUCGCUGGGCUCACCUACAACAAAAUCGGGUCCAAGAAAGUUCAAUCCGUCCUCUUCCACUACGAUCGCUUCAAGUCACUAUGGUCCCGUAUCUUACGAUUCUCAUGGAUACACCCCUGGAUCAUCUAUUCAAGGUCUUCCGUUGACUACUUCCUCGGCAUACUCCAUAGGUAGUAGACGAGGAAGUCCCUCGCGAACGGCACACCCUAGUGAUAUUGUUCACUGGACAGGGCACAUCCCAGUUACAGAGUCUUCUAAGAUGACGGAUGCGUUAGUUGGUGCGACUUUUGUGCAACCCCAGUUUAUAGAUUACGAGGGGAGUAGGGCUUUAAUUUUUGUGUUUUCAGACCUCGCUGUUAAAAACGAGGGUACAUUUCUACUCCGCUACCGCAUGUUCGAUCUAUUUUCCAAGGCCGAAGGACAUGAGGACAGGGUUAUUCAGGCGGAAUGCUAUGGCGGACCCUUUCGUGUGUAUUCCACGAAGGAAUUCCCUGGACUCAGAGCAUCUACUGAACUCACGAAGCUCAUAUCGCGAUAUGGUAUCCGGCUUAAUAUCCGUGAAACUGAGCGGAAGCGGCGGACGAAAGACUCUCCUAAUUCGCUUACCGAAAGCACUUCUGGGUCGCGUCGCGGGAAAAGAAAACAGUCGUCUAUCGAUGAUGAUCAUGGAGAAUUUGGCACAGACCUAAAGAUUGAAUGACACCACCUAUGCUAUGACCCAAUGUACACAACCGUUCAAAGGCGUUGGAACUUGUACCCCGUAAUUCAGGCAAUUGUCAAAAAAUUGUCUACUACCGCGCACCAUCUCAUAGUGACUGUAUUUAUAGCUUUGACACUGUAUUGCUUACUUUCUGUAGACCUAACACUUCGAUACAUGUACAUGUAUACAUAUGAUAUGCGGCAUUCACCACUGCUUUCCCAAAGGUUGUCUAAAAUUAUGAAGUGUACAAUGUUUACAAUCUUGUGUCAAGGAUACAGAUGAUUUUCGUGGCUCGA